AUGUCCGGACAAUAUUACCCUCCGCCCCCGGAGAAGGGUGGUUAUACCCAAGACCUUCCCCACCACCCGGCCCCUCAGCAGCAAUUCUCGCCUCCUCCUCAAGCACCUCCGGGUCAACAGCAGCAAUACUAUCCUCCCCCUCCUCCUUCUUCUGGAGGACAUCCUCCUCCAGGCUAUCCUCCUCCUCCGAACCAACCUCCACAGCAACAGUACGGUGAAAAGGCGCCCGGAGGGUAUGCCUCCCCUCCACCCCAUCAGCAGUAUGGCGCACCUCCUCCCCAAGCGACGCAUCCGGGCCACACUCCAUCCCCUGUUCCGGUUGCUCAACCACCGCAGUCGCAGCAGGCGCCCAUGAACAUGAAUGCACCAGGGGCGAUGCCAGGAGGGGCGCCACCCGCUCAGCAUUUUGUCGGUGCACAUACAAACCAGGAUGACGUUGGAACUUUCAAUGGAGGGAGCUAUCGAAUCAGUCACCGGGACACGAACUCCAUCUUGACACUCCAGCUUGCCAUGGGGUGUCCUUUGACGGCAAAGCCAGGCGCCAUGAUUGCUAUGUCGCCAACCCUGACUCUCAAGGGCGAUGUGAGCUUUAGCAUGAAGAAGCUGAUCGUGGGCGGCUCUAUGACAUCCUCACAGUAUACCGGUCCGGGUGAACUGCUCUUAUGUGGUCCCGCGCUCGGCGACAUCACUAAUAUUCGCUUGAACGGCAACGAGCAGUGGAGCGUCGGCAAAGAUGCAUUCCUUGCCUGCACCCAGGGUGUUAUCAAGGAGUAUAAGAGUCAGGGGUUCACCAAGGCUAUGUUCUCAGGCGAGGGUCUUUUCGUCUUCAAGAUCUCAGGAAACGGCAUAAUGUGGAUUACAAGCUUCGGAGCGAUUGUCAGGAAAGACGUCAGUGAUAUCUACCUCUACCGAGACGAUGCGCUAACGGAACGACAGCUACAAAACGGGGAAAAAUAUAUCGUCGACAACGGGCAUCUGGUAGCCUGGAACUGCAAGUAUGUACUUGAGCGUGUUGCCAGCGGCGGCCUCAUCUCUGGAAUGGCGUCAGCGGAAGGCUUGGUUUGCAAGUUCACCGGCCCUGGAUCGAUCUUCUUCCAGACAAGGAAUCCUCAAGCGUUCGCUGCUUAUGUUACCGCCAAUUCAGCGGGAGCCCAGUAA